UUGGAAGAUUAUUCGAGAGAGAGAAGGAUUUUUUAGUGUUGAGAUACUGUAAUUUUGAUCGUUGUUUCGCCGGAAAGCGUUGGAAUGGGGUCGCGAUACGAGGUGGAAGUGAAGAUCAUAUCGGCGAAGGACUUGAAGAACGUGAACUGGCGUCACGGUCCGGUGAAGCCCUACGCCGUCGUCUGGGUGGACCCCAAGGCCAAGUGCUCCACCAGGGUGGACGAGGAAGGCGACGCCAAUCCUUACUGGGAUGAAACCCUCGCGAUUCCUCUCGAUUCUUCCAUCGAGGACUCCACUCUCUACAUCGACGUCGUCCACGCCCACGCGGCCGAGGACGUCAAGCCGCUCAUCGGCUCCGCCAAGAUCCGCCUCCGCGACGUCGUCGACGACGCCGGCAUCGGCGGCCAGGUCGACCGGAAGCUCGAGCUGAAGCGCCCGUCCGGCCGCCCCCAUGGGAAGCUGGAAGUCAAGGUCAGCGUGCGUGAGCCCCGGUACCAAUCCCGCGACCCGUACUACGCCCCGCCCUACGGCGUUCCCCCGCCGGCGACCCGGGAGGAGUACCCGCCCUACGGAAACCCGUACGGGGCUCCUCCGAGGGGGUAUCCUUACGGCGCUCCGCCGCCGCAGGGGUACGGGCAGCCCAGCUACGGGUACCAACAGGCUGCUGGCUACGGGCAGCAGGGCGGGUACGGGCAGCCUGGGUAUGUUUACCAGGAGGAGAAGAAGAAGAGCAAAUUUGGGGGGAUGGGGACGGGAUUGGCGGUGGGUGCGGUGGCGGGGGCUUUGGGUGGACUGGCGUUGGCGGAAGGGUUUGAUGCCGUGGAGGACCACAUCGCCGAUGAGGCCGCAGAGAAGGUGGAAGAAGACCUUGGCUAUGACCCUGAUGACUUCUAGAUGAUUAAACUCUGUUAAAAUCUGGUGUUUUUUACUCUGUUUUGCUUUGCUCUCCUCUGUUUUCUAUCUCCGGGUGUUUUUAACAUCGGAAAUUUAUAAUAUUACUUUUUAAUGUCACCAAA